AUGCCGACCGAGAUGCCAAAUCGUUUCCAACUACCGGGGUAUAAUUUACCCCUGAAUUAUCGGCCGGAUAAUGGCGAGUUGUACAAUCGUACACUCUUCCCCAGUGCUUUGGAUUAUGGUGACAUUGAGUAUGGUUCGGUUGACCGUGUCAAUGUACACAGGGAGAUAUUGAUGAUGCGUGUCAUGAAUACUAUCACUGACAAACCCGAAUGGGAUAGAAAGGUGUUUGACGAGGCCAUCAUUUCCAAAUGGCGGGAAGAGAUCGCCCAAAGCGGCGAGGAUGUAACCCCUAAAAUGAUGGAUUAUAUCAUCAAAGAGCUACAGUGGAAAGCAGAUGACUUCCAGAAAACGGGUUUGUUCAAGGCGUAUGACGCUGGUGUGGUGAAAUCCGACACUGCCAUCCCCGAGGACCUGAAACAAGCAUUAAAAGAUGCAGUGGCCCCUUUUGAACGUGUUCCAGAGGAGCAGAAAGACUACCACCCUGGAUCUGAUAUGAAGGUGGUUGACCUGGUCCACCCCUCUCUCUUCCCUGUGGUUUUUGGCCGGACGCGAAUCCUUCCGGACAGAGUCAUCGGCCUUGACGACUGUCUUGGGAGCGUAGGACAGGGAGACUUGCUUCCGGUUCCCCUGGAAGAAGAAGCGACAAUUGCUGGGUAUGGAGAGAUGGCGUACGGGUGGCGGAGGUGGGAAGCUGAGUCGUUGAGACCAUUUAGCCGAAAGUUCCAAUGGCUUCCCUGCGACGUGAAAUUCAUUGGCCAGAAUGGUGAAUGCCGCAUUGAUUCAUACAUCAAUGGUGUCCAUCCGUCUGAACAUCGGGAUCUCUACCAGGCGGUGGAGAAGAUCAUCGCACGGACAAUUCCUCUCUGGAACAGAACUUUGACUUAUGGGAGGCAACGACAUUCCCGUAUAGUCUAUGAUGACGUUGAAUAUCACCCAACGUCUAUACCGGAGCCGAAUUUUGACGACUAUACUAACGACGAAGAAUUUGAUCAGAAGUAUCAGGAGUGGCAAAACUCACAACAAAUAGUACUCCCCGAGCCAGGGGAGUUCACACCUCCUGACACCACCUCGGAAAUAGACUUACGGGAAAAGUUCCACGAAUCAGGGCUGCAGGUCAUCGUGAAGCUGGCUAACAUUGAACUGACUCCGGAGAAGCCGGAGUACGAAGGUGGCACCUGGCAUGUUGAAGGACAACUAAAUGAACGCAUCUGUGCCACAGCCAUCUACUACUAUGACAGUGAGAAUAUCACCCAAAGUACACUUGCUUUCCGUCAACGUGCAGGUAGGGACGAGAUAUCAGAGGUUUCCUAUGAGCAAGACCGCCAUGAAUACAUACACCAAGUCUAUGGCUUCAGCCCUGAGGUCAGCUCCAGAGAUGAGACGCAGAUCACGCAAAACCUCGGCAGCGUGGUUUGCCAGGAAGGCCGGCUCCUUACGUUUCCCAACAUCCUCCAGCACCGAGUCUCCCCGUUCUCAUUGACCGAUCGGUCCAAACCAGGCCACCGCAAAAUCUUGGCCUUGUUCCUCGUUGAUCCUCAUAUGCGUAUCAUAUCCUCAGCCAACAUUCCGCCUCAACAGGAGGAUUGGGGGAAAGAGAAGCGAGAACUCGUUACUGAGAUGCUGUCUCGGAGAUUACCGGUAGAGCUUAAGGAUAUGGUGAGCGAGGAUAUCCUGUAUCCAUCCAUCACUCUUGAAGAAGCGAAAGAGUAUAGGAAGGAGCUCAUGCAAGAGAGGAGCGCGAGAACCAGUGAGCAGAACCAGAAAUUUGAAACAGGUGACUUCUCGCUUUGUGAGCAUUAA